UUAGGCAAAGGAGGGAAAUGACUUUAACCCUACUAAGCCUAAAAUUGAAGCGCCUCUCUUCUCAUUCUCUAGCCUCUCGGCCUGAAACAACUCCAAGCAAACAGUGAACGUCUAGUCUUUGAACUUGAGCUGUAGAACCCUACCGGAGGCAUGGGAGAUCUCUCAUCCAGUAAUAGCUCCGGUGAGGGUCAGACGGCCCCGAAGCUCCCGAUCCCUGGCAAGAGAAACAUACUUAUCACUAGCGCCUUGCCUUAUGUCAAUAACGUCCCUCACCUUGGCAAUAUCAUCGGCUCUGUUUUAAGCGCUGAUGUUUUUGCUCGAUAUUGCCGGCUUCGAGGCUACAAUACCAUAUACAUGUGUGGAACUGAUGAGUAUGGAACAGCAACGGAGACCAAGGCCAUGGAGGAGAAUUGCUCCCCAAAAAAGAUUUGCGACAAGUACCAUGCAAUUCAUAGGGAGGUUUAUAAAUGGUUUAAUAUAAGUUUUGAUGAAUUUGGACGUACGUCAACUCCACAGCAAACUGAAGUUUGCCAGGCAAUUUUUAAGAAGUUGUUAGAGAACAAAUGGCUUUCUGAGAGCACAAUGCAGCAGCUAUUCUGUGAUACAUGCCAAAGGUUUUUAGCUGACCGGCUUGUAGAGGGUACUUGUCCAACUGAAGGAUGUAAUUAUGAUUCUGCUCGAGGAGAUCAAUGUGAAAAGUGUGGGAAGUUGUUGAAUCCAACAGAGUUAAAAGAUCCUAGGUGCAAGGUUUGUCAAACCACCCCACGCAUUCGCGAUACAAAUCACUUGUUUCUUGAGCUUCCUCUGCUAAAGGAUAAAUUGACAAAGUACAUUGAGAGCAUGUCAAUAGCUGGAUCUUGGAGUCAGAAUGCUAUUCAAGCAACAAAUGCAUGGUUGAAAGAAGGAUUGAAGCCACGAUGUAUUACUAGAGAUCUGAAGUGGGGGGUUCCAGUGCCACAUGAGAGAUUUAUGGACAAGGUUUUCUAUGUCUGGUUUGAUGCACCUAUUGGAUAUGUCUCAAUCACUGCGUGCUACACACCUGACUGGGAGAAGUGGUGGAAGAAUCCUGAAAAUGUGGAGCUUUAUCAGUUUAUGGGAAAGGAUAAUGUGCCAUUCCACACUGUGAUGUUUCCAUCUACACUUCUGGGAACUGGUGAAAGUUGGACUAUGAUGAAGACAAUAAGUGUUACUGAAUACUUAAACUAUGAGGCAGGAAAGUUUUCCAAGAGUAAAGGCAUUGGAGUUUUCGGUAAUGAUGCAAAAGACACAAACAUUCCUGUAGAAGUGUGGAGAUAUUAUUUAUUAACUAACAGGCCAGAGGUAUCUGAUACUUUAUUUGCAUGGUCUGACUUGCAAGCAAAACUUAACAGUGAGUUGCUAAAUAAUUUGGGCAACUUCAUCAAUCGAGUUUUGAGUUUUAUUGCUAAACCUUCAGGAACAGGAUAUGGUUCCAUUGUUCCAGAUGCUCCGGAUGCAGAUUCACAUCCCCUGACAAAGAAAUUGGCUGAAGAAGUUGGUAAAUAUGUGGAGCAAUAUGUUGAAGCCAUGGAGAAGGUCAAACUAAAGCAAGGACUGAAAAUUGCGAUGAGCAUUUCUAGUGAAGGGAAUGCAUAUUUGCAAGAAAGCCAAUUCUGGAAGCUUUACAAGGAAGACCAAUCUUCAUGUAAUAUAGUCAUGAGGACUUCUGUAGGACUUGUUUGCAUUCUUGCAUGUUUAUUAGAACCUUUUAUGCCAUCCUUCUCUGUUGAGGUUUUCAAGCAGCUUAAUUUGCCUCCUGAGAAAGCUUCACUUUGUGAUGAAAAAGGAGAUAUUGAUAGGGCAAAGAGACCUUGGGAGUUUCUACCUCCCAAUCACAAAAUUGGGACACCAGAGCCAUUGUUCAAGGAACUGAAAGAUGAGGAAGUUGAUUUCUUCAGGAAGAAAUUUGCUGGAAGUCAAGCUGAGAGGGCAGAAGCUGAAGCAGCAAGGAUUGCUGAGCAACUGAAGAAGACAAAAGUUUCAGUUGCUUACACAAGUAGGACCUUCUUUUUUUUGGGGUGGGACUGUGAUUUAACAGAUGGUAGUGGGAAGAAGCAACAGACCAAAAAGCCAUCUGCAGCGACGAAAUCAAAGAGCACUGUUGAGCCAGAAAUCUCCAUCACAAGACUUGAUAUUCGUGUUGGCUUAAUUAAGAAAGCUCAGAAGCAUCCUGAUGCUGAUUCCCUAUAUGUGGAAGAAAUUGAUGUGGGGGAAGUAGAGACUAGAACAGUUGUUAGCGGACUUGUCAAGUAUAUACCUCUAGAGCAGAUGCAGAAUCGGAAGGUCUGUGUUCUUUGUAACUUAAAGCCAGCAACCAUGAGGGGCAUCAAGUCACAAGCUAUGGUUCUUACUGCUUCCAACAGUGACCAUACCAAGUUUGAGUUGGUUGAUCCACCUGAAUCUGCUGCUGUUGGGGAGAGAGUUGCCUUUCCUGGAUUUGAAGGUCAGCCUGACGAUGUCCUAAACCCUAAGAAGAAGGUCUGGGAGACGCUGCAAGUGGAUCUCCAAACCAACACAGAUCUAGUAGCCUGCUAUAAAGAUAUUCCAUUCACCACAUCAGCUGGCGUAUGCAAGGUUGCAUCCAUUCAAAGCGGAUCAAUAAGCUAGAUAGCAUAAUUAUUGGAAGUCAAGCCAGAAAGUCCUAGAUUUUGACUUGCUUUUCUCUUUUUAGUUUGCCAGUGCAUUUCCCAUUUGAUGUAAAAAUGACUUUUUUUUUUUUUUUUAAAUGAACUGUGUAAAAAUACAAAUGGGGAGCAUGAAACUGCUUCUUGUAUUGCCUCAUUUAUAUUGGAGUUGUAGAAUUCUGUUUUUGGUUGGCAAUGAAAAAAGUCUGGAUUAAAGCA